AAGAAGUCGAUGAAGCGACCUUGUGGUGAGCCGAGAGAUGCAGCUUCCUCUGGCCCGAAGCGGCCGCUGUUGGUCGAACGUCUGUUUCGGCAGAGCAUGGUAUUCGUGGAGCUGUUGGGCCUGCUAUCGCUUGUGGAGCGUGUCCGUCUGGCCGAGCUAUGCCGCACCAUCCGCGCGUCAAUCUGUGGCUGUAUUGAGGUGCUGCAAGACCUGACAAGCAGAGCGCUCCCUCGCAUCAGCAACGAGAGGAUCACGCAGCACAUUGUCGUGGUGCUACCGUCGGCUUCGUUGCCUUUUGAUGAGUAUCUGGAGGACGAGGGGCGGCUUGGUGAAACACUGAGAACACGGCUGACGCGAAGUGUCAAGGCACUAACGAUGGUGCAACCUGACGCUCGCAUUUGGUGUUUGACGAUAAGGGAGAGGUUGAUCGCCCCUCGCCGCAUCGACGAGCAGCGAUUCGAGCACGUCAAGUCGAUUGAGGCCACCUCAACAGACGGCUUCUGUUUCUUCCAUCGGCAGCGAUGUGUCUUUCCAGCCCUGACGGCCCUUACUGGCUCCCUUAUGCCCGAUGUCGCCCUAUUCGACAUCGACACAGAGAUUGAUUCGGGAGCGUCAGAGCGGUGUGGGGAUUAUUUGGAUCUGCAUUUGCUCGAUGAGGCCCUGAGUCGCUUGGUGGCCAGCUCCUCGAACCUGACGCACGUCAAUAUCUGGCCGAUACACUCGCCUGUUAUGGAGAAGACGAUUGCUGCCAUCGGGCGUCUUUCUGCAGUCGAGCACGUCGGCCACUUGCUGCUAUACGACCCAUACGACGACCACGGUCUCGUUCGGGACAUCAUGCAGUCUAUCAGCGGUCGCGCGCCUCUCCCUGCGGGCAGAAAGCGCACCAUUCGCAUGUGGAGCUGCAUCGCCGUCUGUCCAUCGCUGCCCGAGUCGUUCCGACAGGACCCUGAUGAUGGUCCAGAGGUGUUACAGUUGUUGGUGGACGCCGAGGAGGACCAAGGAUGGGAGUGUUUGAUGGCGGCAAAUGCAAUAUUUACUGUGACAACUUUGCUGCUUUUCAAGGGACGCCCGCCCCUCUGGACGUGCAGCAGCGAGUGGUGUCUUGCGUGCAGCGCCAUGCCAGCGCCUCCCAAGUAG